AAAUGACUUGCUAUGUAUUACUUGCUGCUAGCCCCCAGACAAUGCCCAGGUCAAUCCUAAACAUAGUGUGAAUGCCCCGCACACGUCAUCGUCCAAUGGAUUGGAUGGUGCUAAGCUUAGGUCGCUAUAGCUGUGACGCAGGUGUCUCGGUCUGAGACUAGAUAAACGUUUUGUCCCUUUUAGCUAAUGCGCCUCUAACCUAGAAAAUACAUAAUCCUCUUUGUGCUUUCUUGCUUUUCUCGAUUCUUCAUCGUCCCGAAUUUACAGUUUUAUCUUUUACCUAAACCCCUACUGUUCGUCACUUUUAACCUUAGGCCUAGACUUUCAACUUUCAACAUGAGCGGGGAGAGACAGCAAGAUUUCGGCGGCAACGUGACGCACGGUGGCGCAUAUCCCGCUGGUGGUGGCUAUCCUCGCUCUGACGACGAUGACUUCCGCGGAGCGGCCGAGCAUGCGACUCGACAUGCGGGGAGCUCCGGCGAUAGAGACCUGUUCUCUAGCCUACUAGGUGCCCUCACCCAGAAGAAGCAGUCCCUUGCGGAUGAAGACGUAGACGAGGAUGACGCUGUGAAGCAGCACAAGCGCUUUUUCGAGGGCGACGAUGACGAUAACGAGGCGGACGAUAAGAGCUUAGGUUCUGCCGCCGCCAUGCAAGCUCUCAAGCUGUUUACUAGUGGUCAGAGCGAGAGCGCCCAGGAGAGUAGCAGCCAGAGUGCUUUCGUAGGUCUCGCCAUGGCUGAAGCUAGCAAGCUCUUCGAUCAGAAGGCUUCUCAGGGCAAGGUCUCCAGUGAUAGUAGCAAGGAGUCCGCCGUGAUGAAAGCUGGCGAGAUGGCCCUAAAGAUGUACCUGAAGAGCCAAGGCGGCGGCAAGGCGCAGUCCUCGGGAUCAGGCAUCCUCGGUCUAGCAUCCAAGUUCCUCGCAUAAAGGUCCCGCAAGGUCCCGUCCCGCGAGCUUCCUACAACGGGACGGUCGCAUUGCUAGCCCGGAAAUUUGAGGGAUAUUUUACAUCAUGAUGUUAUGAAAGGAAGCCCAGUCUAUACUAGUAGUAUCUAGUUAAACUGCGGUUCUGCCAAAAUCAAACGAAAUCCCAUGUGGAGUUGACCUCCUAAGAGCGCCGAUCAUUGACUUACUGAGCGAAGAUGCGAUCGAGAUCGUGUAACCAUAUAUCACCCCGUAAUAUAGACCAUUCCAGGUGCAGGAUCUAGACCAACAAAUGAAUGCGUAUAACAGCCCACCAACCAACUGAGCGUAUCCUAUGUAGCAUAUAUAAACAUGACUACUUGUUGCAUUCCGUGUUGUCAAGCAUUUGCCGCGAGCCCCUAUUGCCGCCGUUGUAGCUACUACGCUGCGGGAUUUGCGCCACGACUUAAUGAGUGGACGCUUGAAGAGAGGAUGGCGAAGUCGGCGCAGUCGGCGCAGUCGAAAAUGGCGCUCAGUACAUGAGAAUAUGUCACAUACACCAUCAUGUUAAAAAUUCCCGCAGGAAUGGAGCUUCCUAUAGAGGAUAAAAGCUAUCGCAUCUGAAUGGUAGAGGGUCAAGGGCCUAGAUAGUGCUGUAGAUAGAAAGCUUUG